UUGGCUAUCUGUUCCAAAACUUUGUCGAUCUGUGUUUACUAACUAAAGGCAUCUGUCACAGCCAUGAACUCACGUGGAUACCGCUGGUUCACAUUAAUACUGAUAACACUGACACUUGUAUUCGAAGUUGAAGGAGGCUGGAAACCUUACAAGAAGAACCUAGUGAAGAAGUUUUGCUACAGCGUGUCUGGCGCGCGCAGAUUCAUCCACCCUCCUUCCGUUAGAAAGUGCUUGAUCUUCUGCCGGAAGUAUGGCUUCCGAUUCUGUGAAUUCGGCAAACAGGACGGGUUCUGCUACGGGAAGGACACAUGUACUAAGAUGAGAGAGUCGUCGUCAAAUAGGGUGCUUAAUGUUUACAUUUUCACCAAAGGCAACAUCAAAUUUCCAAAUCGACCUCAAAAGCCGAAUAGGCCGGAGAUACCUAGCAAUCCGAAGGAAACAGGUCCUGGGAAUAAACCGAGCAACCCGACUGACUCUAAAGGCAAACCGAAGCAGACGAGAGACCCAUCGCGCCCUCUAACGGUCAAGAUGGGGAUACUGGUGGCGAGUGAUCUGGCGGAUGCGUUUUACCGUCUGUACGGCAUCUCGAGCGAGACGAACAAGGAAGAAAUACUCAAGGCGCAGGUUCUCACCAACUACUUAACUGGGUUAAACAUGGAAUAUUCGCACAAAUCACUCGGAAACUUGAAUGUCAAGGUUGUCUUCACUCUCUUCAGCGUCAUUUCUGAGUCAACUUGGAGACAAUGGAACGAUGUCUACUCUUUCUGCAAGUCCUCCUUCCAGACGGCCUUAACGGAUGUGGAUGUCGUCAUGUAUCUUGUCAAGAACGGAGGCUCAUCAUCAAAGGGGGUGAGACUGACGUCUGCAGGCCGCUCCAUCACAAGUGGGAUAUGCAAACUUGAGUCCAGGUGCGGCAUGGUGAACGAGGUUGCCUCUGUUGAUACAGCCUAUAGGAAGCUGACCGCGCACGAGCUUGGUCACGUUAUCGGUUUGAUAGAUGAUGGCCCGGGCCUCAAGAGCAAACUGCGGAGGAGUCGUACAGCGAGGAAAAAGGCCACCAAUGGAGAGUACCCGUAUGAUGACAUGCGCUGUGACGGGAAGAAUGUAAAGAGCAUCAUGUCCGGUAAAGCUGACGUGUGGUCGGUAUGCAGUAAAGAUCGAUUCAAGACAGUUUUUGGCUCCGACUUAAGCAGCUGCCUCGACACUCCUGCCAAGUCUCCCAUUCUGCCCAAGCCAUCGGACCUGAUUGGCCAGCACAAGACAUUCACUCGGAAGGAGAUGUGCGAACAGUUGAAAGGACAAGACCCGACCACAGCUUCGUGGAGCAUUCAUUACAAGAAACCCGUCACACAAACGGAAUGUAAGUUUUCUAAAGGUGAAUGCUACGUCCAGGCGCCCUCUCGCGGCGGACGCUUUGCCCCCAUGAAGAUGUUCGAUGACGUUCCAUUUAUGCAGGGAGCAAAGUGUUCAAAGGGGUCCUGUUACUUCGGGAAGUGUCUCACUGGCGACCAAAUCAUCGCCAAAAUGAAGAAAAUGAUCAGCUAAUCUAUUGGUGACAUGAAAACAUCAACUGUGAACUGAAGGUGAAUCUCAAUCGCUCCACAUCCUGGUGCACCUCGUGGCUACCAUUUAUGAAGGAAUGACCGAACUUUUUCGAAAACUCAUUCCGGAGUUGUGAUAUUCUGAAGCAGCUGAAGAAGACAUGUGACGUUUCUUCUCCAACUUUUUCCGUUUCGAACGAAGCUGCUUUAGAUGGCCAUUGGACCAUUGAACCAUGGCACUGUUGGUCUUGUUCGUUUCGUUUUGGUAAUGACAGGUGAGACAGGGUGUGGUUAGACUGAUCCACUAGAGUAGUCGAAUUCGUUGAUGUUGAUCUGACGGCGAUAGGUGUAUGUCCGCAUCAUCGCUGUGGGCACAGGAAAGACGAGCAGGAACACAAAUAUUAACAAGCUAGUUAUCAGUCAUUGGCACGAAUCCAGAGCAGACCUUUGCAAAGGAAGCUUUAAGAAAAACAAAAGACCUUCUUGCAUGAGGACAGAAUUUCGUCUGCCUGUGUCAUAAUUUCUUAAUGAACAUGGUCUU